AUGACAUUGAGUCUAAACCAGACAGGAGUAACAGAGUUUGUGCUGGAAGGGUUCUCAGAGCACCCUGGUCUAAGAUUGUUCCUGGCAGGCUGCUUUCUGUCCAUCUACAUGAUGGCUCUGAUGGGCAACAUUGUGAUCAUUGCUUUGGUCACCUCCAGCACUGGGCUUCAGAGUCCCAUGUACUUUUUCCUGUGCAACCUGGCCACCAUGGAUAUUGUGUGCACCUCCUCUGUGAUUCCCAAGGCCCUGGUUGGCCUAGUGUCUGAGGAAAACACCAUCUCCUUCAAGGGAUGUAUGACCCAGCUCUUCUUCCUUGCAUGCUCAGCAUCCUCUGAGCUGCUGCUACUCACAGUCAUGGCCUAUGACCGUUAUGUGGCCAUCUGCUUUCCACUCCACUACAGCACUAGGAUGUACCCACAGAUGUGUGGGGCUCUGGCUAUGGGUGUAUGGUCCAUCGGUUCUCUGAAUGCAUGUGUCCACACUGGUCUGAUGGCAAGGUUGUCAUUCUGUGGCCCCAAGGUCAUCACCCACUUCUUCUGUGAGAUCCCCCCACUCCUCCUGCUCUCCUGUAGCCCCACAUAUGUGAAUAGCAUUAUGACUCUUGUGGCAGAUGCAUUUUUUGUAGCCAUCAACUUCAUGCUAACCCUGUUAUCUUAUAGCUGCAUCAUUGCCAGCAUCCUGCGCAUGCGUUCUCCUGAAGGCAAGAAGAAAGCCUUUUCUACCUGCUCAUCCCACCUCAUCGUGGUCUCUGUAUAUUAUUCAUCUGUGUUCUGUGCCUAUAUCAGUCCUGCUUCCAGCUACAGCGCUGAGAGAAGCAAAGCUACCUCAGUGUUGUACUCGGUCCUCAGUCCAACCCUGAACCCCCUCAUCUAUACACUGAGGAACAAGGAUGUCAAGCUUGCAUUGGGAAGAAUAUUGGCCUCUCUCUCACAUUGA